AUGGCAUUAGAAAUUUUUGGCUUAUUGUUAACAAUUCAGGAUCAUUCACGGCCCUCCCUCAUUUUCAGUCGCUACCUGAAAUAUUCACAUUGUAAAUCGUCAAAAAGAUCAGAUGAAGAAGAGAUUCAUAAAAGCAGCACAUUUGUUUCACAAAACAGCAGAAGUAUUUUCGAAAAAGCAGAAUUCAUAAAAGCAUCACCAACAACAACAUCAACAACAACAAUUCAUAAAAAUCCCAUUGAAAGUGAAACAACACAGCAACAGAAAAAAAUCAACCCAGGUGUACGAAAUUAUACAUUUUUCGUCGCUGUUGCCCUCAGAGUUGUCUGUGUUGUUAUUAUUUGGAGUGAUGAGGGAAAUAUGAGACCAUAUAAUUAUGUAUUUAUUUGCAAGGGAAAUAAUAUUUGUCAUGUUAAUGAAUCAAAAAUCUUAAUGCUAUUAGAACCCUUUCUGAUACAUAUUUAUUAUUGCAGAUGUGAGGCGUGA